AUGGAAAUGCUCCCACCAUAUCCGCAAUAUAGGCGGAUUAAAAGAGUUCCACCUUUCUAUAAAAAAAGAACAUUUUGGAUAUAUACUGGUGGAGCAGGGUUUCUUCUUACGGUAUAUUAUGUAAACCAUUUAGAAGUCGUGCCAAUAAGUAAUCGGCGACGAUUUAUGGAUGUAACCCCUAAGCAAGAAGCAAAAUUAGCACAGCAAGCAUACUCGGAAAUAAUGAGGCGGUAUCACCAUAACAUUUUGCCAAGUUGGGAUCAUCGCACAAGAUUUGUAAGAGCUGUUGCUCAACAAAUUAUAAGAGUUAGUGGAAUGGAAGAUUUGAAGUGGGAAGUUCAUGUUAUUGAUUCACCAGAAAAAAAUGCAUUCGUAUUACCUGGUGGUAAAAUCUUUGUUUUUACGGGGAUAUUACCGAUCGUUGAAAAUCAACAUGAAAAAUAUGUUACGAAGAUCGCACAUCAAGUCGCACGUCAUAGCGCUGAAAAACUUUCUUUUAUCAAAAUUAUAAUACUAUUCCAAAUUUUUCUUAGUUUAUUCAUUGAUCCUGGUCUUCUUGGCAACCUUUUUAUAGAACUUGGCAUAAUGUAA